GGAGCGUGGUCGUCGUGCUACCUGUGCGCUCCUUUCGGGUCUCCGAACACACAUUCCGUGUGUCGUCGUCGUCGUCAUUGUCGCCAUCGCCAUCGCCGUCGUCGUCGUGUCGUCGUCGCGUCGUCUUCGUCGUCGUGUCGUAAUGUGCCUAUGACGAGGUGAUGAACGGCCGGCGUCGCAGUGUCGAGCGUCGUAGUGACAGUGUUCGUCGUCCUGCCGAUGGACGAUGACGAUUAACGAAGCGAACAAGCAACAGCAGCAGCAGCACCACCGUGGUGAUCGCUCGUGGUAUCGCGCGAGGGAAAACAGUGUGCUCUGUGUGAUCUAGUGUACUUCCACUGUAUCUGUCUACUACGCGAUACAUAAUAUAUGUAUCGUGAAUACGCAUAUAUACGCACGUACGUGUACAUACAUAUUUGCGCGAGCGCGUAUGUAUAUACGCGACGAUCACUCUUGGAUUACGCCUCGUCGCGAAGGAGGCUCCCUUCGCGGUCGUCUUUAAUCAAGGAUAAUGCGAUAUUGCAGUCGCCGCAGAGUGCGCCAAUAAGCCGCGCGUUCGCAUCUACCUCGUGAAGGCUGAUCGUAAAGUGAGCAGCUCUCUCUUCCUCCCGGGGGGAACGGCGGUGGUGGUGCAACGCUAUCAGCAACGGCGGCGAUCGGCGUCGGGGUCCAGCCGUUAUCAUCCGGCUAUCAUAGCACAGUGCCACCCCAGAACGGAAGGGGUGGUUCGCCACUUCGUGUCGCGGCGAUGGUAGCAGCUGCCACCGCUACGGCCACCGCCACUGCCAGCGUGGUGGCCAUGCAGGACCGCCAGGACAUCCCCUCGCAAUUCAAUCAGAUGCAGAGCCAACAUGGAAUACCCCACCAAACGUACAAUGCGGGGUCGUACGGCCAAAGAGGACCAAUGGCAGGAAUGGGGCCAGUCGGGAUGAACAACUUUAACGGCAUGGGCACGAUGAGCCCGAUGCACACUAUGAAUUCCAUGAAUUCGAUGAACAGUAUGAAUGGCAUGAACUCGAUGAAUCCUAUGACAAUGGGAGGCAUGAACGGUAUGAACGGUAUGAGCGGUAUGAGUGCUAUGAACGGAAUGACACCCAUGAACUCCAUGAGCAACAUGGGUAACGUAGCCAUGAACAACAUGAUGGGACCCAACAAUAUGCAAAUGAACAAGAUGCAGGCUCAGCCACAUCAAGGCUAUCCACGGAGAUUAGCGCCUUAUCCGAACCCAGCCAUGCAUAUGGCGCAAAAGCGACAGCAGGUUCCGUACGCUACUCAAAAUCCAGCGGCUAUGCAGCAGGGUUUUAACGGCAUGCAGCAGGGUUUGACGGCGGCCACGAAUUAUCCGAACACCUAUCCCACCGCGGCGCGGCCGAACUUUCAGCAGCAGUAUCAGUCUAUGCAGAACAUGAAUCCCGCUACGGCGGCCGGUUUCGGGCCCAACGCGAUGAUACGAGGGACGAAUAUGAGGCAAACGGCGCCGGCUUACAAUACCCCGUCGCAGACGGCCGCCGCGAGCCAGUACGGCUACGGUAGUAACGGCGUCCCCGGUGUCUGCAUGGUCCCACCUACCGCGGUUGGUCAUCAGCCGACUCAGUUCGUCGGUCAUCAGCCGAACGCGGGAUACGGCGGUGGCAACGCGUCGUACGGCGCGCCCGCCGUAGCGACCAGCCAAUACCAGCAGGACGUAGUAUCGAUGAGAUCGACGAACGGGGGUAACGUGAAUUACCAGCACAGUCCCAUCCCCGGCAAUCCGACGCCACCGUUGACACCCGCCACCAGCAUGCCGCCUUACAUCAGUCCGAAUCCGGACAUCAAGCCUAAUUUCAACGAGAUGAAAUCGCCCGUUAGCAUUCAAAAUGACGAAUUGAGACUAACAUUCCCCGUAAGAGACGGCAUAAUUCUUCCACCUUUCCGCUUAGAGCACAAUUUGGCUGUUAGCAAUCAUGUGUUUCAACUGAAGUCGACGGUACAUCAAACGUUAGUGUGGCGGUCAGAUCUCGAGCUGCAGCUCAAAUGUUUCCACCACGAAGACAGACAGAUGAACACGAAUUGGCCGGCGAGUGUGCAAGUUUCGGUUAACGCGACCCCCCUCGUCAUCGACCGCGGGGACAACAAAGCUUCCCACAAGCCUCUCUACUUGAAGGACGUCUGUCAAGCAGGAAGGAACACAAUACAGAUUACCGUAUCCGCAUGCUGUUGUUCACAUCUAUUCGUGCUACAAUUGGUUCACCGACCAACUGUACGAAGCGUACUUCAUGGAUUACUACGUAAAAGGCUGUUGGCGGCAGACCAUUGCAUAGCGAAAAUCAAACGAAAUUUCAGCAAUACGAUGUCGAACAAUGGCAUACAAUCGGAGAAAGACGUGGUGGAGCAAACAGCACUAAAGGUACACUUAAAAUGUCCUAUCACCCAUAAACGCAUAACACUGCCAGCUAGAGGACACGAGUGCAAGCAUAUACAGUGUUUCGAUUUGGAGUCGUAUUUGCAAAUGAAUUGCGAACGGGGUAACUGGAGAUGUCCAGUAUGCUCGAAAUCUGCACAGCUGGAAGGCCUGGAGGUCGAUCAGUAUAUGUGGGGUAUUUUGAAUACAUUAAAUACGACGGAAGUUGACGAAGUGACGAUAGACUCGCUCGCUAACUGGAAGCCCGCGAAGAACUUAACUAACAUUAAGUCCGAAAACGAAGAAAAUGAUUGUAAGAGGACAACCAAGGCUAUGUCGCCGGGCAGUAUGAAUAUGCCAACUAUGAACAAUUGGGAUAUGAACCAAGCUAUGAGCCCCUACAUACCGCCCGAUAUGAACAGCAUCGUGAGCGGCUCGAUGAUGAACAACACAUCGUCCACGUAUCCGAAUAACAGCAUAAACCACCGGAACACGUCCGGCGGAACGUACGAGAUAAACUCCGGGACGAAUACUAUCGGCAAUAAUGAUUAUGUCAGCGGAACGGGUCCGCUUUCGCACUUAAACGAAUCCGUCAAUUCGUUAGAUCCUCUCAACGCUAUGGAGAAAUCACUCAACGACCAGAUGCCUCAUACCCCUCAUACGCCGCACACACCGCAAUCUACCCCUCACACGCCGGCUGGCGGUGCCAGUGGGCCACCGAGCGUUCCGCCCGCGUCGCAAGAAUCCACGGGAAACCUCAACACCUCCGGCAAUACGAGUACAUCUAUAAAUAACGACACCGCUUCGGACAUACCGUCGGACUUAAAUUUCGAUCCUGCUGCAGUUAUAGACGGGGAAGGCACCGGUCAGGAGGCGUUAAAUCUCUUGCCGGACAAUGUGGAUGCAAUGGAACUUCUCUCGUAUCUCGAUCCACCGGACCUAAACACUCCACCUAGUAGCGGCGCUAGCAGUGGUAAUCCUUCCUCUAACGACGACAUAUUGGCGCUCUUCGAGUAAGGAAAAAGAAAACGAAUAAGAAAAGAAAACAAAAGGCGAGUGACUAUUUCGUAAAGAUGUAAUCAAACUGUGACCCUCUAACUUUGUAAUAAAGUGACAAACGAGCGAACAUCUUGCGGCAAACGUUCUUCCGACUACAGUACACUUUCGCGCAAAUUUCUUAGAAUCCUGGAGAACGAACGAAGUUGAACAAGAUGUUCAAUUUUUGUCUCGGAUAGGAGAAUAAAUCCGUAAGUUUACUGUAUGAGCGUUUGCUGUAAAAAAAAAGAGAAAUCUUACGGGGGUCACUGUGGGUGCUCUCACCUAAUCAAUGGUACAAAUAAUCUUAGUUAUAAUUAUAAUAUUCCUAUUAAAAUUACAGUUAAAAGGCUAGGGUUAAAGAAAUGAUUUUUAAUAAUAAUACUGCAAGAAAGAAAACACCAUACUAUUUGUAAAGACGUUAUUGCAUGGACAGCGAUAUUGUAUAUACAUUAUUGGAAGUAUGUUUUUUUUUUUAAAUAGAGCGCGUUAAACAGCACGCCAGGCAAAUAUUCCAGAAACGAUUUUAAAACAGCAUAACGCUAUAUUUAAAUAUAAAUGAUAUUGUAAUAGAUAUUUAGCUGUUAUCAAAUUGUGAUUAUCAAGAUAAUUAUUAAAAAAUUAUUAGUUUGUUAUGAGUCUGUAUUAUAAAGCUGCAUUUCUAUAUAUUUAUGUGUUCAUUUUAUCGAAAUAAAUUAUAAUGGAUAAAAUUUUGUUCCGUUUUGAAUCGUUUUCGAAUAUUUGCUUGGAAGAAAAAUUAUGCUGUGUUAAAUUAUAUACAUCGUUUUGGAAUAUUUUAGAAUUGUUCCUGCAAUAAGAUCUUUAUACUCGAAAACCGGUCUAUUCGCAUUCAAGGCUAUGAUAGACCUACGCAGCAGAGAGAUACGUGUACAGACCUACUUUUGUAAAUAAAUUUGAAUCGCGAUAAGAGUAAGAUAUUCAUCGGUUGGGGAAUUCCCCGCCUAUUGAUGGAUAUUGUGCAUAUAGUGUUCCUUUCCUUUAGAUUGUAGCAACCGAUGGAAACAGAUGAAUAAACUAGGGGAUAUCGGGCUUCACACUGGAAACUAAGAACAUGUGAUGUAUCUCCCGAGAUAGAAAUUACAGAUAUGAGAGAAAAGAGAACAUAUAUAUAUAUAUAUAUACAUAUAUAUAUAUGUAUAAAAAAGUUAUAUUGAUCUAAAUAACGUCUUUAAAAAUCUAAUAAUUUUAUUGUUUUCAAGAGACCUUAGUUAGCUCCAUGCGAGAACAUCUCUGUAUGCACAUAUGUUUUGACUGUUGUAAAUAAGUGAUAAAGAUGCAUGUGCAUAUGUAUUUAACAUUUCAGAAACUUUAUACCUAAAACGUGUUAUUUGUUAAAUUUCUUUUUCGCUACUAGUUUUCAUUACAAUGUUCAGGUUACAAUUUUAGAAUCAUUGAUCUUCUAUUUUAGACGAAAUUUAUAUAUACAUUUAUUUAUAUCUAUAUUUAUGUUCACAUAAAUAUACAUAUAUAUAAAUAUAUACAUAUUUCGUAUAUAUAUGUAUACAUAUAUAUACGUACAACAAUACAUAAGUUGUGUACGUUAUGUAUGAGAAUGUGUAUGUGUACAUGUACACAUAUAUACAUAUACAAAUUUUAAAAUAGAAAAUGUUUUUUACGUCUUCUGAUGAUGUUUGUAACCUCUGAAGAUACAUCAGAAUUUACACAUAUAGAAUUUAUUUUCACAUUUUGAUAUGUCAAUAUAUAUGUGUAUUUUGAGUCGUCUUGCUAUAAAUGAUUAAAUGUUUGUGUGAUACAUACUUCUGAAUUAUUACUAUUUCGGAUUGACAAGUUUUUGUGCAUUACAAUUAGACUUUUCUUUAUUAUCGGAUUGCGGUGUGAACUGCUUUAAUCAUUGCCGUCAAUUAAACUUUUCAUUGCGCGAUAUUCAAUAAAGUAAUUUUCAGAAAAUGUGUCAGCUGAAUAACGAAAGAUAUAAAUUAUGCAUGAAAUUAAUAGCAAUAUUUACACAAGGCCUUAAGGAAAUCGUGUACCGUAUGAUCCGUAUUGUAAUCAAAUUUUAUAUGAGGAAGAAUCAAAAUUUUUUUGUGAGAGAAAUAUAUAUAUUGCAGAAUAAUUACAUAAACAGGGCUUUAUUACACACAGAAAUAAUUAUAUACUUGAACUUAUUAUUUACACAAUGGUUGCGUUCGCAACAAUUCAGCAUGCGAAAAUAAAUUCUGUAUAUCUUCUUGCACAAUCUAGCGGUCAACUGAUUUGUCGUUUCGUAAGAAUGUAAAUCAGGUAUCCGCGUAUGUAAGAAAAAAAAAAGAUACUGCCAGAGUGAUACCGCCCAAGACCCCCCUGCUUGUGUAGUGGUUAUAAACAUUUGUAUCUUUUGUGAUUAAAAAGAGAAGAUAUACUUAAAGCGACUCGUGUAGAUUAUACAGAUUUUAUAUAAAAACCGUGUGUGUGUGUAUACAUGUACACAUACACGCACAUACACACACACCAGUGUGCAACGCUAGCGCACAGCGAAUGAUAGACACAGUCAAGUUUCUAUGCAUAUAACUACUAUAAUUAUUGAGAUUUAGAUUUUAAUAUUACUUGUAUUAAGCCGCGACUAUUGUAUAUUAUUUGUAUAUAUGGUAAAUAGAAUAAUAAUAUAAGAAAAGUGGCAGAUACUUAUUGGCCAGUUAUAAUAGUAAAAUGAUUAUCCUAAUUAUUUCUCAGAACCAAAACGUACACGAGAUGUAUGAGGAUACUUUAAACUAGGGAAUGUAACAUGUAAAUGGCUGAUGAAAACGACGAUAACAGGUACAGUUGAAUAUUGUACUGUUAUUUCUCUAAUAGAAUUAUUACUUACUUAUUAAAAAAAAAAACAUAAUUACCUAAAGAAGUUUAUUCAAACUGUAAGCUUUACUUAGGAUUGCCAAGAAGUAGUAUGCGCAACCCCCCCGUUGCGAUUGUACAUAGGCAAUGUUUACCUAUACCUAGCUAAUAAUACCCCUAAAAUAUUAUACACGAUACACCGUCUUAGUUUAUGAGAGUCUUGGAGAUUUAUAGAUAUUUCGUGAGAAAUCACAUCUGAAGAACGUGAAAAGCGAUAUUUGUAUUACGGUGCGUUGAAAGAUGAUAAUAAAUUGAACAUAAUGACAAAAUUUCUCAGUUCUACAAUAAUUUGCAAAAUAUGUAGUUGUUACUUGUUAAGAAAUUAGUAUGCAAUAUUGUAUAUUAAAAGACAAUUUUCACAUCAUUUUCUUUCUUUUUUUUUAGCAGAUCGUCGGCUAAUGCUACUUUGUACGAAUUUUCGUUGCAAUAAUAUAAGCUGAUUCAUUGCUGUCUAACGAGACUUCUACAAAUCUCUGUGGCUCUAAAUUACAAUACCUAUUUAUCUAUCGUUAGGAGGCCUAUAAUUUGAUUUUGCUCUACGAACAAAACAGAUAAUUUCGCGACUGCGAAUUACGAAUGUCGUCCGAGGCCUGGAAAAGUUACGAAACAAAGAUAUUCUCACGUAAACCGUAUCGAGACUCAUGGUGUAUCGGCUGCGCAUCGAUCGCAAGCUCUAUUAUCGAAUAACAUAUGGAAUAUCGAUAUAUCCACGUGAUUACGCAUUGCAUUUACAUGAUUUAUGAUGGUGUAUCGGAUUGUUUAUUCGCGUGUACGCGCCACCGCAGAGUUUUUUUUUACCAAAUCAUAUCAGAGGAUCCACGUUUCAACUUGCAGUUGAUAUCUCUUGACAAAGAUAUUUGCUCAGCAAAUACAUCAUGAGUGUUGACAUCGGCUCGUGUCGCAGGGUCUGUCCGUUUCGGAUGCGCUUCUUGCGCUUACAAGCGAGCUAUGAAGUGUACAUUCAGAUCUGGGAACAAACUAGAGGAAAGAAGUUAAGAUGCAGCAAGCCGCAACUUGACGAACAGACCUGCAGUUUCGCUCUCCGUAAGACGCGGAAGUGCGCAUUAUAAAUUGAAAAAAAAAAAGAAAGAAAACACUGAUAUCAUUGAUUACGUUCACAUAAAAAAUUUUAAUAAAAACCAGUUUUUAAACAUGUACGACAGACACAACAUUGUUUCUUGAUAACGGUUAGAAUCAUUCAAUAAAAAAGUCAUAAAACAUAAA